AUGUCUGACAGUGAAGACGAAAUCAUGAAGUCCGACAAAAAACACCUAACAAUCCCUAUCUUUAAUCCAUCUUCGAGUGAAGAAAGCUCAGCUUCUUCAAAUUCUUCAAAUUCUUUUAAAAACGUUUCAAAAAAAGGAAAGCGAAAGAAAAAUGCAAAGAGAAACAAGCCAAAGAAGAAGAGUAAAAUAGAAGAGUCUGACGAUUCUUCGGAACUUACGGAAGAAGAGAAAAAAUCCAUCGAAUCAAUUAAUCCUUCUAAUUGGGAUCUUGACUCAUGGGGCGACAUAUACGUGCAUGAAGUUCCCGGUGAAGGUGAAGAUUAUGAAGAACCUGCUAAAUGGCCUGCUGAUCCAGCAAUUGUUGAGCUUUCUCGCAAGUAUCCACAUCUUGUUCUACAUCCGAUAGCGAUAGUUCCUGGCGUUUUGUAUCUCGGAAAUUCUGGAACAGCUGCAAGACCUGAUAUUCUAGCUCGAAUUGGUAUCACACAUAUCAUCAAUAUGUGUGAAAUGCCGUGUUAUUGGCGCGUAAAAGAAAAUUAUCAUAAAUUUGGAUACAACGAUUUGAGUCGACCUAUUAAAUAUUUACGCGCUUAUGUUGCCGAUCAAGUAGGGCUUGACUUUGAACCAAUUCUUGAGAAAUGUCUUGGGUUUAUAAACAAGGCAAAAGAAGAAGGCGGUAUCACACUCGUUCAUUGUUGGGCGAGUCAAAGCAGGAGUGUUGCGGUGGUACUAGGAUAUCUAAUCUCUAUUGGAAGACGAAAUUUGGGUAUUGAAACAGCAAAAAUCAGCAAUCAGCGACACAGGACUUUAGGAAUUAGUUAUGUUUUGAAAAUUCCAACAUACAGCUUUAUGGAUGUUUUGUUACGACGAGCUAAUAUGACAAGAUCAGAAUUUUUGUCCGAGUUUCAAAAACACAUUAACAUACCGAUGGUCAGGAAGAAACUACUUUCCGAUGAUGACGAGAACGAGAGGGAUGAAUUUGAUUUUGAUAUCUUUGGGUGGCCCUCUCGUGAUAAAAGGCUUUCCGGUGCGAUGAAGAGGUUGGAACAAAAAUGGAUAAAAGAAAUAGAAGAAGAUGAAGAAGAGAAGAAAGAAAAAAAAGAAAAGAAAGAAAAAGAAUCGAAAGAAGAUGAAUCGAAAGAAAAUAAUGAAAUCAAGGAAAAAGAUGAAACGAAAAAAGACGAAUCGAAGGAAAACAAUGAAAAUAAGGAAAAGGAUGAAUCAAAAGAAAAGGGUGAAACGAAAGAAAAAGAAGUAAAAGAAACUAACGAACAAAAUUAA